AGCCACAAAUACCGGAGAAGUAUCUCUCUCUAGCUGUAGCAGCGGUGGCGGCCAUGUCUUCGUCUGCAGCAACUACAGCUGCUCUCUUUAACGUUGUCGGAGUGGGACCCCCUUCUUCUUCUUCUUCUUCUUCGACUACUACUACUCACAGCAGUUUCAGACGCUGUUUCCAUUUUCACAAUCCAAGACCCGGCAAGUUAUUAUGGCUCUUUCCUUCCAUUAAUAUUGCAACUCUUCACAAUCGGAGAGCUUCUUCUUCCUCUAUUACCUGCUCUGCCACUGAUAAGCCAUCCUCUUCCUCUUCAUCUUCAGAAAUUAGCUCUACUGCCAAGAUAAGGAGUGAAGUUCUUUCCCCAUUUCGCACCGUCCGGAUGUUCUUUUACCUUGCUUUUGUCGCGAGUGGCUCGCUUGGAGGACUAAUUGCGGCGACACAGUUGAUUGGCGCCCUGGCAAACUCAUCGAGGUCGUCUGAAGUCCCCGAAAUCUUGAAGAGUCUCGCAAUAGAUGUUGGGGCAGCGUCACUAUUUGCCUUCGUGUAUUCCAGAGAAAACAAUGCCAAGCAAGCACAGUUAGCCAAACUCUCGAGAGAGGAAAGCCUUUCAAAUCUCAAGCUCCGAGUGGACGAAAAGAGAGUGAUUCCCGUGAGCUCAUUGAGAGGGAUUGCUCGCGUUGUCAUCUGCGCCGGCCCCACUUCUUUCAUCUCCGAGUCGUUCAAACAAAGCCAGCCUUUUACUGAAAGGCUUUUGGAACGUGGAGUGCUUGUAGUGCCCUUUGCCACGGACGGGAAUUUGCCGAGUUUUGAGUUUGAAGAAAGUGAUGAAACUGGGAAUAGUCCCAAAAGAAAGAGGCUGUGGCAGCUCAGUCCUGUUUAUGUUGCUGAAUGGUCCAAAUGGUUGGAAGAGCAAAAGAAGUUGGCCGGCGUCUCCCCUGAGUCCCCGGUGUAUUUAUCUCUAAGAAUGGACGGUCGAGUUCGUGGGAGCGGAGUUGGUUACCCCCCUUGGAACGCUUUUGUUGCGCAGUUACCCCCGGUGAAGGGAAUGUGGUCUGGUCUUCUUGAUGGAAUGGAUGGAAGAGUUCUUUGAAUAAAGUAUGUCAAUUUCGGUGUCUAUUAAGAUAAUUGACAGUGUGUUCAAGCAGAAGUUUUAGUUCUCAUACAUCUUCAUUUCAUGCAUUGUACUCGGCAAAUUGGUCAGUACAUUAUACGCCAUGAGGUGGCUACAAACAAAGGCAUCAAUCAAAGUUUAGGAAUUAAACGCCAUUAUGCAGAAAGGAGUUCUCGAGUCUUGCCCGUCUUUGUACUUAAUUUGCGAGUCUUGGCGCUUAAUCUGAUUCUCGUCCCUGACUCUUUCGUGCUUUUCACUGCUGAAGCCACAUAGACUCUGCCUGCAAUAUUGUGCAGGUUUAUUAGGAGAUCAUUUAGUGAAUCUUUGUACUGCUCCUAUGAUUCAAUUUAUCAGUCACUUCAUUUUGUGCAACAACAAUACAUGCAAACAUGACUGCAUUGCAUUGUUUUGAGUUACACUCGAUCUAGAAGGAUGUAUAGUUAUUUCUACAGUCUGCGAUUAGAGUAUAUGUAGAUUUGCGCAUUCUUUUGGCAUCUUUCG